AUACACGUUUGCAAACGACCACCAUCACUAUACAUGUAUUCAUACUUCUAAAACGUAACAUAAUAAUAGGCAAUUUUGAAAAGCAUGAUAUCGGUAGCUUUAAAUAAUUAAUGUCCUGUAAUUUUUGACGUGCAACGUACACCUUUGUCUUCCUGAGUCUGCCAUGCUGGAGGAAAUUUAUUAUGAUAUUGAGCCAUGCAAGCUGAAAUAUUGUCUAUCUAUUACUGAUGUGGAACGUGCAGACGCCAUUUUGUUAGCGGGAACAGUGAACUUUGAAAUAUUGAACUGUGAAGACUGGAUCAUAAAAAGGAAUUUGAGUCGUUAUGGCUGAAGCAUUUUGUCUCAGACGGACCCCUUAAUGUAGUCCAUUAUCCCUGAAUGCCUGAUAUUUGAUUGAGGAUACAUUAUGCAGGUUUUAAGAUUAAAUUGGGAGUGACUUUACACUAUCCACCCAUUGCAAAUUCAAUUAGUGUUCCUUUGCGAGAUAUGUUUCCAUUAGUCUUUGCAAUGCCAGCUCGUUUUAUGAGUGAAAGCUUGAAAACAGAAAUCGCAUACGGAAUGUGUUAUACGAAGAUAUAGGUAUUGAUGAAUACAAAAAGUGAGUAGUAGACCUAUUAGGCGCAUCUUAUAAAAACCAUUAUAGGUCAAUGUUUAUGAGUACAUUUUUAAAAAUCGAUAUGAUAGACUUAUAAAGGCAAAUCAGUCUCAGAAAUGUAUGUCAUCUUCUCGAGUGGAAUGGCUUGUACACAGGGUGGACGAAUAUUAUUAUGAGCAGGUUUGACACAAAGUAAGAACAACAUUCAUUAAGGCGAUUAGGAUGAUUCUGUACAAAGGACACCAGUGUGUGAUAUAGUGCGCAGUAUAUAGAAUGACACGCAAUAAAAUGGAUCCGAAGAAAUUCUGGGUCUUGAUCAUUGUGCUUGUGGUAUGCACCCUCACCCUCCUCCUCCACAAGAGUGCUAAAGUGAUGGAAAAUGGUCCAAUUCUUGUCCACCUCGAGCCAUCAGAACAUCUUGCCAACAUGUUCGGAGACACCCGGUUACUCGAUAACCCGGACACGCAUAACUUGCCUAAACCACAAGGAUUCGAAAAAGAGGAUCAUCGUUCUACUGCUGAUUCCAAAGAAAAUGAAGAAGAUCUACUUACGUAUGUACUUCACGGAUCAUCAACGGCAAAAGAUGUUUCACAAUCGGAGGGCAACGAUACCGUCAAUGACGACAGUUCUAUUGCUGAUAUCUGGAGAGAGGAGGAGGAGGACGAUGGGAUAUGGAGAAUCUUCGAGGAGGAGUACAGGAAAAUUGAUUGGAAACGGAACAAGGAUGGCUUCAACCAAUGGAGGACGGAGCUGUCGAUGUAUGGUGUGGACUCUCGCAAUGGCUUCCUGAUAACCCAGGAAUCUGUGGAGGUCAAACAAGUUCUUCCGUUCUACCUUAGUACCCAACAUACUUAUACCGUCAGUGAAUACUUCCUGUCUCUUAUUCCAAAGUCAUCCCCUUACAGCGAGAAAAGUUUGGGAAGGUGUGCUGUGGUCGGUAAUAGCGGCAACCUCAAAAACAGCGGAUGCGGGCGAGAAAUCGAUGCAGCCGAUUAUGUAUUCAGGUGCAACGUCCCACCCCUUGUUGAAUACGAAAAUGACGUCGGUUUGAAGACGAAUCUCACAUCAAUGAACCCAAGCAUGCUAGACACAAAGGAAUACGGGACUAUAUCGAUAACCCGUGAGAUCGACUACCCGUAUAACAUGGUCCUGGAACCCUACAGUGGUGUCAUCCUCCUCCCGUGCUUCAGCCACUUCUUCUACCUUCGAAAGUGCCUAAAAGCAAUCAAGCAGUACUACCUGAAGAAAGCUAAUAUGACUUUCCUUCAUCCAGACAACUUCAUAACCAUAUGGGAGUACUGGAAAGAUCGGCAACUGACCAAUCUGCCUUCAACAGGAUUUUACCUCAUAAAUGUGGCGGCCACACUUUGUGACAGCGUGGAUGUGUUUGGUUUUUGGCCCUUCGACAAGACUUCAUUGCGAUCAGGUGUCACCGAGCACGUUAUGUAUCAUUAUUACGAGGAAGGAAAAUGGCGCCCCAUACACGACAUGUACGGAGAAUUUGGACAGCUAUUCGAACUCCAUCGGGGCGGUGUUCUGAAGAUGCAUCUCGGAAAUUGCACCUCAAGUUGACGAACAAUAUCUCAUGAGAUUAUACCGAAGGCAAUCUUUUCAGUUUUAAGUGACAAUGCAGAUCUGGAGAUAUUUUCCACACAUUGUGACUUCCCUUCCGUCUUGCAUGCAUGAUUACAAGAUCAGGUAUGUCAUCUAAUGGUGUCACUGAUUAAUUGUCUGAUUGUGCACUUAUUCAGAAUUCCUUUCCCAGGUACCUUGAUACCUACUUAUCGGCGAUAAUAUCACCAUUAUACCUCUUCGUUUCGGAAAGAUUUUACAGGUUUUCGAUCACAGCCCUGUAACACAUAAAGCUCACGAUUGAUCAUGGAGCUGAUUUCUAAGUUUAAUCAUACACAACAACGAAAGCAAUCAAUCGUAAAAAUCAGCCCAAGAUCUUAUUGUAAAGCAUUAUAUCCAUGAUAUUACAGGGCUCUGCUCUGUACAGCUUUAAUAGACAAAACACGUUACUAUUCAAAGGUCAACGCCCUGAUAUUUUUAAUUUGUAUGAGAUGAUGAGACUAUCACUUUUCGUGAAGAUAAAUGAAAAUGAAAAAAAAAAUGCUUUAAGAUACAAAGCUUAAGUAAAAUGAACGGAUAAUACAUUUGAUAUCAGUAAGUAUAAUAUGUAUGCGAGGGGCGUUUUUUGUUUUUAAAAAUCCAUCAUGCCAUUUUCUGUAUAUAUUUAAAAAAGGCAUAUUCCCAUGAAUUUGCAUUAUUUUUUUUUCAAUUUAAUUUCAACUUAUUUACCAUCUUUAAAAAUAAGUGUACAUACAAAUCUGACAUGAAAUACAAAUACAUAUUGUUUAGAAAUGGAGGGAUACCCUUGAUAAGCACAGUGCUUGUAAGCAGGGUACCAACAUCCACUAAACAUUUUAGGUUAACAUUAUAAAUUAUACAUUAUAACAUUAUAAUACAAAUUAUACAUUAAAAAUACAUAUGUAAUAAUAAACACACACACACGCAUAAUGUAUACACAUAAAUUAGAGAGAGAGAAACAGAGAGAGAGGGGAGACAGUGAAGGUGGAAGAGGUAGAAAGGAAAGAGUCAUGAUAAAUACCAUUUACAAUUAAAGAAAAGAGAAUGAGAAUUUAACAUCGUAUAGAUAAUACAUUGUAACUCAGCAUGAAUUCAUUUUAGAAAAGUACAGUCUUUUUAAAGAGAGUUUGAAUUUGGAAAGUGUUGAACUUUGUUGAGUAAUGUGGUCAAGGCUAUUCCACAAUUUGAUAUAUUGCACACGGAAUGAAUUUAAGACCAUGGAAGAGGAAACCUUGGGUUGAUAAAAUAAUUUACAUUGACGCGUGUUAUAAUCAUAUACUGUUGAGUUAAGAGUAAACAUAUUAUCAAAUAUCUUUGGCAAAAUUCCAGAUUUGUAUUUAUACAUGAAAAUAAGGGAAUCCAUAGAAAUGAGAUCAGAUAAAGGUAAAAUAUUAAUUUUGAUGAACAAUGGCAUACUUGGACAUUUAUAUGGAGAUGAUGAAAUAAGUCUUAUUGAUUUUUUCUGGACUAUUGAUUUAGAUAGAUGACUUUUGAAAGUAUGACCCCAAACUGAGUUGCAGUAUGUUAGGUGAGGCAAGAUUAGGCUAUGAUACAAAGUAAUAAGUAUGUUUUUAGGCAAUAUGAAUUUAAGUUUUGAAAUGAUUCCUAUAGACCUCGAAACUUUAUUACACACAUUAUUAAUAUGUGGUUUCCAAGAGAGGUAUUCAUUAACUGUAAUACCUAAAAAUUGAAUAUUUUCUACACGUGAUAUAUCAUGACCACCGAUAGUAAGAUUUGAGAGGUCACUUGGAACCCUCCUGUUCCUUGUUCUGAAAAUAAUAAAUUUAGUUUUAUCAAAAUUCAAAGAAAGUUCCCCAGAGCUAUCUACCCUCUUCAUUCAUUUCUUUCACAACAUAUUUAAAUACAAAGAGUUGCCAAAGCUGUUGUACAUGUAUAAUGUCUCACAUUUAUAUAUACAUAUAUAUAUAUAUAUUUGAGAGAGAGAGAGAGAUAGUUUGGGUGGGGUUGGGUGUGUGUGUGGGUGAUUUGCAUAUGUAUAUGGUAUGUUCACACUCCAAACACAAACUGGUAAGGUGGAACUUAAACUAUGUAAUACGUCUAAUCCUUUUUUUUUCCUCGUCAGAAAUGGAUGUGUUCUUGUAAAAUAUGACGAGAAAAUAGUAUUUUAAAAAUAGGUAAAAUAACGGUUGCCCCUGCUGACUUAUUCAUUUAGUCAUAUUUCACUAUUUUUGUUAAAAGUAUAUAGAAUGUUUGAAGGAGAGAGAUGGCAUAAGGAAAUUCAAGGUGAUACAAGGGGAUUUUUAAUCAAUCUUUGUUUGUAUUUUUAUCAUGUUUUUUAUAUUGUACGAUUUGAAUUUGAAUGUGGAAAUAAAUGAAUUGAAAAAAAAAUUGAAUUGAAUAAAGUAACGAUGCAAUAUUCAAAUAAAUGGUUUUUUAAUUUUAUUGCAUGCUUUUUAUCAUAUAAUGCGCUUAUAAGUGUACACUUAUUCUCUUAUAGUUUAAAUUCAAUCCGCUGAAAUAACGUGAUCGGUAUUGUAUAGCUAAUGCAAUUCAUUAGACCAUUUUGAUUUGUGAUUCUUAUAACGAUGUUAUUUGAGAGUAAACAUUUAAAGAAAGAGUGUGGAUGUUGAAAUGAGUAAUAUGUCAAAAGAACUAAUUUAAUG